GGAAUACCACUGGUCCCGCCAGAAAGUGAAACUGAAAGUGGAUGCAAACUAAAACUCGAGAUCCGCGGCGAAGCCGCUCGUACGAGGACGACUGCUGCUGGAAGAAUGGCAGGCAAUGUAGCGAAAGUCGCCGCUUUGAUUUCAGCAGUCUGCGUCGACCUGUCCUUGUUUUACGCGUCGGGAUUUGUGGAGACCCACGGCGUCUUUGGACAUCUCGCCCUUCUCUGGGUUUCCGCGGUUCUCCGGUGCUUGGCGCUCGCCGCCGUGUCUCUGCUCGCCCUUGGACGCCCCAAGCCGUCGCUGCUCCGCUUUGUAGCGGCGCACAGUCUGCUGCCCGCGGUGUUUGAGACCGGCGCCCAGGCGCUCCACCUCGAGGGGAGCCACCGUGGGCGCCUGGCGGACUUGGGCCGCUGGCCGGUGUGCGCCGCGGCGUCGCUGGCCGCGGCGCUGUUUUGGGAGGUCGCCGCGCCGGACGCCGACGACGCGGCCGCCGGUAAAGAGGGAAAGCAGAGAGCUAGAGUGCUGUUUGUGAGAGUCCUCCGCCUGUACAAACCCGACUAUCUGCUGCUGAUCGGAGGGUUUGUGUUCCUGUCGCUGGCUGUUGUCUGUGAGACGUUCAUCACGGUCUACACCGGGAGGGUCAUUGACAUCUUGGGUGGUCAGUACCACCAGAAUGAAUUCCUGUCUGCACUGCUCUUCGCGGGCCUGUACUCCCUGGGGAGGUCUGUGAGCGCAGGCUGCAGAGGGGGCCUGUUGAUGUGCGCCAUCCAGUCCUUCACAUGCAGAGUGAAGGUCGGGCUGUUUGAGGCUCUGACCAAACAGGAAAUCGGAUUCUUUGACACCCCGGACGCAGGUGAAAUCAAUUCUAGGUUGUCCAAAGACACCACCCUGAUGGGAAAAACAGUGUGCUUGAAUGUCAACGUGCUGCUGAGGACAUUGAUCAAGACGUUGGGCAUGAUCUCCCUGAUGAUGAACCUUUCGUGGAAGCUCACGCUCCUCGUAUUGAUGGAGGCGCCCGUCACUGGCCUCAUUCAGAGCGUCCACGACAGACACUACCAGCGGCUGUCCCUGGCAAUGCAGGGCUCGAUGGCCUCGGCAAACGCAGCGGCGAGUGAGGUAGUGUCCGGUAUUCACGUGGUACGGAGCUUUAACGCAGAAAGGGACGAGGCCUGUCGCUACGAUCGACGCUUGAAGCACACGCAUGCCCUCAAGAGCCGCCGGAACACUGUCACGGCAGUUUUCCUGCUCGCACAGAGGUUGACAGGGUUGAGCACGCAGGUCUUCAUGUUGUACUAUGGCAGGCUGUUCAUCCGGAGCGGACAGAUGACCACUGGCAACCUGGUUUCCUUCAUCAUCUACCAGUUGGACCUUGGACUCAACAUCAGGACGCUCAUCUACAUCUUCGGUGACAUGCUAAACUCGGUGGGGGCUGCCGGGAAAGUGUUUGAGUACCUGGACCGAAAACCUCAGGUCAGCACGGACGGAAAACUCAAACCCGAUCGGCUGGCGGGACACGUCAGUUUCCAGCGUCUCAGCUUCGCCUAUCCUGCCAACCCCAGCAAAACAGUGCUACAGGAUUUUUCUUUGGAGCUGAAGGCGGGUCAGAUGACGGCACUGGUGGGUCCGUCUGGAGGCGGAAAAAGCACCUGUGUGAGCCUGGUGGAGCGAUUCUACGAGCCGCAGGAUGGCGAAAUCCUGCUGGACAAUGAGCCACUCAGAUCCUACGACCACUAUUAUUUCCACAAGAAGGUUGCAGUAGUGAGCCAGAACCCCGUGCUCUUCUCCGGCUCCAUUAGAGACAACAUCGCCUACGGGCUUGCUGACUGCUCGUCGGAUGAGAUCCAGGAGGCGGCACGCAAAGCCAACGCCCACGACUUCAUCAAGGGGCUGGAGAAAGGCUACGAUACAGAGGUGGGCGAGAAAGGCAACAAAUUAUCCAAGAGCCAGAAGCAGCAGAUCGCCAUUGCUCGAGCUCUGGUCAGACAGCCACAGGUCCUCAUUCUGGACGAAAUAACCACCUCUCUGGACGCUGAGAGUGUAAAUAAGGUUCAGCAGGGCCUGGCUAGCUGUCCAAACCAGACCCUUCUGGUGAUCACUCACAAGCUGAAGACCAUUGAGAAGGCGGAUCAGAUUGUUGUGAUUGGCGGUGGCAAGGUGGAGGAGCGCGGGACUCACCAGGAACUGAUGGACGCGAAGGGGAGCUACUACAAACGGGUAGAGAAGCUCUUCAGCGAGGGAAACUCGGCAGAGUGAAGACCUACUAUUGCUAGAGAUUUGUUGACUGUGCCGCAUGUGUUUGACAGCAGGACCAACCACAGCUAACCUGAUAGAAAUUUGCAAUAACAAGCUGGAGUUUAUGUAAAUAUUGCAUUCAGAUUAUUUUUGAACAAAUUGUUCAAAUUCAUUCUAGUUUUUUAGAAAUGUUCUGUGUUUUAAAAAAGCACUUUAAGUAGCAUGCAUCUAGUCUUAUCUAUUUUGCAGGCUGUUUCCAUUACAUUAGGUAAUUAGUGAAAUUCUUAUAAUGGAUACCUCGGCUAUAUAAUUUUCCCAUGUCAUUGCCUUGUAUUUGGUAAAUGUGAAUAAAGGUUUAGACCUGA